CCCCCCGGCCUCGCCAUGUCGUGCAACUACGUGGUCACCGCGCAGAAGCCCACGGCCGUCAACAGCUGCGUCACCGGUCACUUCACCUCCGCGGAGGACCUCAACUUGUUGAUCGCCAAGAACACCCGCCUUGAGAUCUAUGUGGUCACCGCGGAAGGGCUGCGGCCCGUCAAGGAGGUGGGCAUGUACGGCUUCUAGCGCCAGUACCUCGAGAAAGCCGGUGUUUUUUUUCUUUUCUAGCUAAAACUUUUUUUCCCUCCUUAGGGGGAAAGCAAGGAUUUGCUCUUUAUUUUGACAGCAAAAUAUAAUGCUUGCAUUCUUGAGUAUAAACAAAGUGGAGAGAGCAUUGACAUCAUCACCAGAGCCCAUGGCAAUGUGCAGGAUCGUAUUGGUCGUCCCUCGGAAACAGGUAUAAUUGGCAUAAUUGACCCAGAGUGCAGAAUGAUUGGAUUAAGGCUUUAUGAUGGCUUAUUCAAGGUGAUUCCUUUGGAGCGAGAAAAUAAAGAAUUAAAGGCCUUUAAUAUUCGACUAGAGGAGCUACAAGUUAUUGAUGUGAAAUUUCUCUAUGGCUGCCAGGCCCCGACCAUAUGUUUUGUUUACCAGGACCCACAGGGCCGUCAUGUCAAGACAUAUGAAGUGUCUUUGCGUGAGAAGGAGUUUAACAAGGGACCCUGGAAGCAGGAGAAUGUAGAGGCUGAAGCCUCAAUGGUGAUUGCAGUGCCUGAACCAUUUGGAGGGGCCAUUAUUAUUGGACAAGAAUCCAUUACUUAUCAUAAUGGUGAUAAAUAUCUGGCUAUAGCCCCACCCAUCAUUAAGCAAAGUACAAUUGUAUGUCACAACCGGGUGGAUCCAAAUGGGUCCCGUUAUCUGUUGGGGGAUAUGGAGGGUCGACUAUUCAUGCUGCUUUUGGAGAAGGAGGAGCAGAUGGACGGUGGAGUCAGUCUCAAGGACCUGCGUGUGGAAUUGCUUGGUGAGACAUCCAUAGCAGAAUGCCUGACAUAUUUGGACAACGGUGUUGUGUUUGUUGGCUCUCGUCUAGGGGAUUCCCAACUUGUGAAGCUCAAUGUGGAUAGUAAUGAACAAGGCUCAUAUGUUGUGGCCAUGGAAACCUUCACCAACCUUGGGCCAAUUGUGGACAUGUGUGUGGUAGAUCUUGAGAGACAGGGUCAAGGCCAGCUGGUUACAUGCUCUGGUGCCUUUAAGGAAGGUUCUCUGAGAAUCAUCCGGAAUGGAAUUGGGAUUCAUGAACAUGCCAGCAUUGAUCUCCCAGGGAUUAAAGGAUUAUGGCCUUUGAGGUCGGACUCUCACCGUGAAACUGAUAACACCUUAGUGCUGUCUUUUGUGGGACAAACCAGAGUUUUGAUGUUGAAUGGGGAGGAAGUAGAGGAAACAGAACUGACAGGAUUUGUGGAUGAUCAGCAAACUUUCUUCUGUGGUAAUGUGGCUCAUCUGCAGUUAAUCCAGAUAACAUCAGCCUCAGUCCGGCUUGUCACUCAAGAGCCAAAGGCCCUGGUGAGCGAAUGGAAAGAGCCAAAUGGGAAGAACAUCAGUGUUGCUUCCUGCAAUAGCAGUCAAGUAGUGGUAGCUGUGGGGAGAGUUUUGUACUACCUGGAAAUCCACCCUCAGGAACUCAAACAAAUAAGUUUUACAGAGAUGGAGCAUGAGAUUGCCUGUCUGGACAUCACUCCCUUGGGAGACACCAGUGGCAUGUCCCCUCUCUGCGCUAUUGGCCUUUGGACAGACAUUUCGGCCCGUAUUCUUAAGCUGCCCUCAUUUGAACUGUUACACAAGGAGAUGUUAGGAGGAGAGAUUAUCCCGCGUUCCAUUCUGAUGACCACCUUUGAGAAUAGCCAUUAUCUGCUUUGUGCCCUAGGAGAUGGGGCCCUGUUUUAUUUUGGACUGAACAUUGAAACAGGUUUGCUGAGUGACCGUAAAAAAGUAACUUUGGGAACCCAGCCCACUGUUUUAAGGACAUUUCGCUCUCUUUCCACCACUAAUGUGUUUGCUUGCUCUGACCGCCCCACCGUGAUUUACAGCAGCAACCACAAAUUGGUCUUUUCCAAUGUCAAUCUUAAGGAGGUGAAUUAUAUGUGCCCUCUUAACUCAGAUGGGUACCCUGACAGCUUAGCUCUGGCCAACAAUAGCACUUUGACAAUCGGCACCAUAGAUGAAAUUCAGAAGCUGCAUAUCCGCACAGUUCCCCUUUAUGAAUCACCCAGAAAGAUCUGUUAUCAGGAAGUAUCUCAGUGUUUUGGCGUGCUCUCCAGCCGUAUUGAAGUUCAGGAUGCUAGUGGAGGCACCACUGCAUUGAGGCCCAGUGCAAGUACCCAGGCCCUUUCCAACAGUGUGAGCUCUAGCAAGUUGUUCUCUAGCAGCACAGCUCCACAUGAAACAUCAUUUGGUGAGGAAGUAGAGGUACACAAUCUGCUCAUCAUAGAUCAGCAUACAUUUGAAGUACUCCAUGCUCACCAGUUCCUGCAGAAUGAGUAUGCACUAAGCCUGGUCUCCUGCAAAUUGGGCAAAGAUCCCAACACUUAUUUUAUUGUGGGAACAGCCAUGGUGUAUCCUGAUGAAGCCGAACCCAAGCAAGGCCGUAUUGUGGUGUUCCAUUACUCUGAUGGUAAAUUGCAGAGUCUGGCUGAGAAAGAAGUAAAGGGGGCCGUCUAUUCCAUGGUGGAAUUCAAUGGAAAACUCUUAGCUAGCAUAAACAGCACGGUGCGACUGUAUGAAUGGACAGCAGAAUUCCUCGAAGCGUGUCUUACGUUGAUCGCUCGUGAUUUUAAUCCAAACUGGAUGAGUGCUGUGGAGAUCCUGGAUGAUGACAAUUUCUUAGGGGCAGAGAAUGCGUUUAACUUGUUUGUGUGCCAGAAGGACAGUGCUGCGACAACUGAUGAGGAGCGCCAGCAUUUACAGGAGUUUGGGCUCUUCCAUCUGGGUGAAUUUGUCAAUGUCUUCUGUCAUGGGUCCCUAGUCAUGCAAAAUCUGGGUGAAACAUCUACACCAACACAGGGCUCAGUGUUGUUUGGCACAGUCAAUGGAAUGAUUGGACUAGUGACUUCUCUGUCAGAAAGCUGGUAUAAUCUCCUGUUAGAUGUGCAAAACAGACUCAACAAAGUCAUUAAGAGUGUUGGGAAGAUAGAACACUCUUUCUGGAGAUCAUUUCAUACAGAACGCAAGACAGAGCCAGCUACUGGAUUUAUUGAUGGAGAUUUAAUUGAAAGCUUUUUGGAUAUCAGUCGACCCAAGAUGCAGGAGGUGGUGGCUAACUUACAAAUUGACGAUGGCAGUGGAAUGAAGAGGGAGGCUACGGUAGAUGACUUGAUCAAGAUUGUGGAGGAGCUCACCCGUAUCCAUUAGCUGAAUGAGAAGAUACUUCCUGCACCUUCCUUCAAGGAUAGCAUAUGGAGUCUUUCCCGACUGGUUCCCUCACCAGUUUCACUGUAACGCUAGAGCAGUAGCAAUGUGCCUGGAUGAAAGUGGGGAAUCUCUGAACUGAAGCCAUCUUGCUAAGGACUUGCAAAUGCAGUGUUGGCUGUUGACGACAUUGUAUUCUGCUUGGAUUCACCAUUCAUCUGCCACCUAAUAGUGGUCCCAGCAGAUUUUUUUUUCCCUCUUGAGUAACAGCAGCUGGCAAAGAUGUCCCUCUGCCUAGACUCUUUCCACACUUCCUUUGCUGUUGUCUCUGAAUUUAUUUUGUUCCCGGUGUUUUGAAGUGGAGGUCUUUUCCCCCUACCCCUCCCUGUUUGGAUGAGAAGGUGGCUAGAUGGCUGCAGUGGCUGUUGGAGAGAUGGAUGUGACAUUUAGCUCUUACAAGGUGCUUUUUUCAGAAUUGGGGCUGCUUAAUCUCGAGGAACCCAGUUGGUGGGUAGCAGCUUCUCUAUUCCAACAGCUUUGCUGCUUAUUCAGGGAGAAGAGACUAGAUUGCAAUUUUUCUGUUAUUGGUUUUGGAAUUUUAUCAAAUAAAAGUAGUCCAAGAGGAAA